GAGCGCGUGGACAUGGCAACCCGCAGCCGCCGCGCGACAGUCCCUCCGCUGCCGGCUACCCGCCGCCAUGAGUUCCCAGCCGGUGCAAGGGCUUCCCAUCCUGCCAGGCUCGACGUUUCGAGACCCCACGAAAACUUCUUUUCAUCGUUCUCAGACCCUAGGUUAUAAAAAUGGUUUUGCCUUUAAGCAAACUCCAACUGUGGGCAUAGGUGGAACACGACUUUAUGUAAAUCAGCUGUCCCAAGCUGAACUGGAUGAACUCGCCAACAAGAGACCCACAUUAACGUAUGGUCAACCAAAGCAAGCUCCGCCAUCCGAUUUCAUUCCUGCACAUGUGGCUUUUGACAAAAAGGUGCUGAAGUUUGAUGGUUACUUUCAAGAAGAUGUCCCUAUAUCUACAGAAGAGCAUUUCCGCAUCCGCCAAGUGGGCAUAUAUUAUUAUCUGGAAGAUGAUAGUAUGUCUGUCAUGGAACCAAUCGUGGAAAACUCUGGGAUUCCUCAGGGCAAACUGAUCAAACGGCAACGCCUACCCAAGAAUGACUGUGGGGACCAUUAUCACUGGAAAGAUCUGAACCGAGGAAUCAACAUUACUAUCUAUGGCAAGACUUUCCGGAUAGUUGAUUGUGAUGCAUUCACAGAGACUUUUCUGCAGAGCCAAGGAAUUGAGCUGAAUCCUCCAGAGAAAAUGAUUUUUGACCCUUAUACAGAACUCCGUAAUAUGCCUCUGCGCAUGUAUAUCACACCUUCUGAUUUUGACCAGCUCAAACAAUUUUUAACUUUUGACAAAAAGGUCCUUCGUUUCUAUGCCAUAUGGGAUGACACAGUGAACAUGUUUGGCGAGAACCGUUGUUUUAUCAUCCACUAUUAUUUGGCGGAUGAUACAGUGGAGGUGCGGGAAGUCCAUGAGCGGAACAAUGGCAGAGAUCCUUUCCCAGUCCUGAUCAAACGCCAGCGCCUGCCCAAAAGAAUUGUGGAAAACAAAGGGACCUUCCCAUCCUGUGUCCUUGAGAUCUCUGAUCAAGAGGUCUUGGAAUGGUUUACAGCUAAAGAUUUUGCUGUAGGCAAAUCUACUACUCUUCUUGGGCGCUCCUUUUUUAUAUACAAUUGUGAUGAAUUCACUCGUCAAUACUAUCAAGAUAAGUUUGGCAUCACUGAUUUCCAGCCAGUCGAUAUAAAGAAACAGCCUCCAGAAGAAAUCAAACAGGUAAUCCCACCUUACAAUGGUUAUGGUUUCCUGGAGGACUCUCUCCAGAACUGCUUCAGCCUGGUUCCACAACCACCUAGGAAAAAUAUUAUUAGGAUGCUAGAGAACGACCGUAAAGUGUUGCGCUAUGCUGCUAGAUUGGAAUCGCCACGCCCUGAGGAUGAGAAGCGUCAGUUUGUCCUCUCUUAUUGCCUUGCUACUGACAUGAUCAGUAUCUAUGAACCCCCUGUGCGUAAUUCAGGAAUUAUUGGGGGCAAAUACCUAGGGAAGACCCGUGUUCCCAAGCCAGGAUCUUCUACAGAAAACCCUGUUUAUUAUGAACCAUCUGACUUCGUAGUUGGAGCUAUGGUUGAAGUAUUUGGCCACAGGUUCAUCAUUGUAGAUGUUGAUGAAUAUGUCAUGAAUUAUAUUGAAGAAAAUUUGGAGAGCUUCCCAGCAGCUGUUGUGGAGUCUAUGAGGAAUCACUUUGCACCUCGCCGGGCAGCAAAAGAAGCACUAAAAAAAAUACCUUCACACGAGUCUUAUACACAGGAGCUGGAUGCAUUAAUUGAACAGAUACAGGAACAUAUGAGGCGACAUAAUUACUUGCCAGACAGCAACAUGCAUGCAGCCUUUCUUGAGCUAGACAAAAAUGGCACAGGCCUACUGAACAAAGGAGAGUUCUGUGCUCUCUGUGACCAUUUUAAAGUGCCUAUUGAUGACCCCAUUUUUCAACAGCUUAUCAAACUGUGUUCUCAUGGGGAAGACCAGAUAAAAUAUCCCAGCUUUCUGAAAGCUUUCCAGUGCCAAUUGCCAUGAAAAAAUACAAGAAGCAGAAACCUUAUAGAUCAAUGUGUAUUAAAAGGUGAUCAUUCUUGAGUAUUGGUCUAGUCUCUGUCAUCCAACAGAACAGUUUUCAGGUUGAGAGCAGUUUGUAACAUGGCUAGAACUCCCACUGGCCUACAUACAUUUGGGUGCCUCAAAUGUUAGCUGUUUCUGGGUCUAUUUGAUGUAUUGAUUCCAAAAUGGCACAAGUUUCUUUUAUCCCUUAUUCUAGUUUUUGAGAUAGAGAACAUAUGCCAUCUACCAGUUGCCGUCUGCUUGCCCAUAGAAAAUAAUUAUAACCGUAUCUAAGGAAUUAGAGCUGAUACAGUCUGAAUCAGCACACAAAUAACCACAGGAACAGGCCCCAAAAUCAAGACUCCAAGAUAUUUUUUGGUCAGGCUGUGCAAUCAAGUCUAUGUGACAGCCACCUCCUGCUAGUAGUGUUGCAAUUUUAUUGACAGAAGGGAAGCAUAUGGGAUUUUCUGUUUUGAGCACACACAAAAAAUUGAUCAGCAUUUCUUCCUGUGGCUGUGCACUUUGAUUUGGAGAAGGUAGAUGUGCUCUUUGCUCUGGCAGCCAAAUUUUUGGAGUUGGCCUUUGCAGGAAGUAGGACUUUUUAUUAUGAAUGAGCACUCCACAUCUUCUCAGGAGAUGUUUCAAAA